CGCCCCUCCCGUCACAUGACCGGUGGCCAGGGCCCCGCCGCACCAGCUCGCCCCCGCCGCUCCUGCCCGCCGCCGCCCGCUGCCGGCAGGAUGGGGCCGCGCUCCCCCUCUGCUGCCUUCUCCGCUCUCUUCUUCCUGCUGCUGCUCGGCAGCUCCGGUUUUCUCCAGUCCUAUGCAGUGGAAGUAGAUAUAAAGGAUGCCUCUAAUGCUACGUGCCUGUAUGCAAGAUGGAUGAUGAGUUUCUUCAUAAAAUACGAAACAAACAGUAGUGAUUAUAAAAACACAACCUUGAAUUUGUCAUCCAGUGUGACACACAAUGGAAGCGUCUGUGGCAAUGACACACAUGCCGCACUGCUGGCAGUACAGUUUGGCGAAGGUCACUCUUGGAGCAUUAACUUUACAAAAACCAAUGAAACUUACCAGGGGGACUUCAUCACGUUUACCUACAACACCAAUGAUACUGCUGUAUUUCCUGAUGCUAAAAGAAAAGGACCAGUUACUAUUGUUGUAAAGGAUACUAUGAGUCCAGUUCAAUUGAAUAAUGUCUUCGUGUGUCAUAGUAUUGAGUCUUUUGAAGCAGAAAACGUAACGCAGAUUUUCUGGAAUGUUACCGUGCAGGCUUUUAUUCAGAAUGGCACAAUCGGUGAAAAAGAGUCUAGAUGUCCUGCUGAUACACCUACUUCUGCACCUACUGUUCCACCUACUGUUGCCAAUGUAACUACUGCAUCUACCACCACUUUGUCACCUGCUCCAACCACUGCUCCCAAACCUGUGGAGAAUCCAGACACAGGAAACUAUUCUCUUAAAAGUGGAAAUAAAACUUGUCUUCUGGCUACUGUGGGUCUGCAGCUGAAUGUUUCCCAUGACAAGCCUGUUCUGAUCAACGUCAAUCCAAAGACAACUAGCGCAGAUGGUACAUGUGGUAACACAACGGCGAUGCUGAAAUUGAAUGAUGGAAAUAGCACAUUGAUUAGUUUUACAUUUGUUGUUAAAAAUACAAGUGCAGGUGUACCAAAAUUUUAUCUGAAAGAGGUGAAUGUUACGCUGCUCAACCGUCUGAAUGGUUCUGUCAUUUCAAGUGCAGAUAACAACAAUUUCAGCAAGUGGGAUGCUUUCCUUGGUAGUUCUUACAUGUGCCGGAAAGAGCAAACUCUUGAAAUUAGUGAUGAUAUUCAAAUACAUACUUUUAAUCUAUGGAUUCAGCCAUUCCUUGUGAAGGCAAAUAAGUUCUCUACAGCUGAAGAGUGCUUUGCUGAUUCUGACCUGAACUUUCUUAUUCCCAUCGCAGUGGGCAUGGCACUUGGCUUCCUUAUCAUUCUUGUCUUUAUAUCUUAUAUCAUUGGAAGAAGAAAAAGUCGUACUGGCUAUCAGUCUGUAUAAUCUCUUAAUUCCAUCUCUGUUGCCACCUUCCCUGCUUUUCUCCUUUUCCCAGAUUCCCUGAUUUGCCCCUUUGAAAAUAAGAAAAAUUAAUUAAUAGUUUCUUUAUUAAAAAAAACAACAAAAAACUACUUAAUGACAGAACAAUGUGCCAUAAGUCUGAAGAUGAGUUGCAGAAUUACUUGAAACUACUGUACGAUUUUGAAGGAAGUGUUCUGAGGACCAUAGAAUUGAGUAGGGUUGAUGCGUGUCCACAUGAGAAAUGUGUGCUUGACUAAAGAAAAAAUCUGUGAAACUUUUUAUUUCUGUUUCAUCUUUUUACACGAGAAAACUUCUAGUUGCAUACAGCUUAUCUUGGAUACUGCUGAAGCCAGAACCAUAAUUAAAGGUGUGAAUGCUAUGUCAGAAGGGACUUGUACAUGCUAUGGGAAAAUGAAUACCAAGCUCUUAACAGACUUCUGUGAGGAACUUGGCAUGUGGCUGUCGGCUUUUUUUCAUUAGCAGCUUGUUCUUAUGAAUUGGUCUGAAUUUCCUCUUCCUUCUGAAUGUAAAGGUAGUACCUGAUCUCUUUAAUACUAACGUAGUAUGAGAAGAACAUCUGAUUCUUCUAGCAAAUUAAUUCAUUUAACAUCAGUAUGGAGAAGUUGACUGCUAACAGAUGUUAAAUAGCCUUGCAAAAGCACGAUGUCUUUACUGUCUUCAUUCACCAAGUUAAGGCUCAGUCCUGGAGAACUUCCACUAAGAAAAGCCAACAGUCCACUGAAGGAAAUGUGUCCUGUGCUAUUUUCUUGACUGUGUUUUCCCUCUUGUUCUGAGCUCAACUGUGGAAUGAGGGCGGGAGGCUGGAAUUUCGCUGGCUGCCGUUUGUCUCAGCUUUGGUUGUGUGCGCAUAAAGGAGCUACACAGCGAGUUGCUACUCAGCCACGUGAGGCUUAAAGACCGCCUAAGAACACAGAUUGUUCAGAGAUCCCUGCCGUUCCUUUGUCCAGCUUUCAUGGGCUGACAGGGAGCACCGAAAAGCUGUCAUCUAGGCAUGCAAGUGGAGAUAGAAACCCAGUCUGUUUUGAUAGGAUUAAUCUGCUUUUAAUCUAAUUAUUGCUCUCUCUCAAACAACAGUUGAAUAGGGUAAGAGCACGAAAUUUCUGGCAUGAGGAAUGCUGAUCGUAAAGCAGAAACUAAUAUUUAUCUAUAUGUAGUGAAGAAAGUGACUUCCAAAGGAGUAAGAGCACCUGGCUUGUUUGAAGAUGCUUUCUUUGUUGUUAAUGCCAUACCUUUUGCAAUUCGAAGUUCCCUAUCUAAACUGUACCAAAACAGAAGCUAGUUGUUUGUGGUUGUGUGCUGCUUCAUUCCCAUCAGGUUCAUGUUGGUAGGGUGAAAGAAGCCUCUUGCUCUUCCAGCCUCUUCGGUCCAUCUUGGUAAAAGCCUUCUGCAGCUAGUAAACCCUGCGUUCCGGCUGAGGGAUGGCUCAAGAGCUGCCAGGUCUGCAGAGGGCUACUGAUGGACAUGGAGUUACUGUCCUCUGCAGCAGGUGUUUACGAAAGCUGCUGUAAUAUUUAAUCUUUGUGCAUUGAGCCUGUAUCUAUGGUGUAGGGAAAGCACCUUCAAUAAUUCACAUACACAAAGGAGAUGGUCAACACUGAUGUUUAAGUAACUCACAAUAGCUAUAUAUGCAGGGAAGGGAGAUUGCUAAAGAGUUAGUUUUGAUGUUUGAGAAAUACCUGUAUGUUCAGUUAUUCUUGUCCUCACUGUGACCAAAGACAAGCUUUACCUGAAUCUGACAGAACUGAUUUUUGUACCACAAAUGGCCUCUUGAACCAAGUUGUCUACUUCUAGGAGUGUAACUUAAUGCUGCUGAGUCUGACUUUGUGCUCUGGUUCUGGUUGUCUUGGUCUUUUGUGUUGUACCUUUGCUCUCGCAUUACUUGCUCUCCCAGCCGGGGUGGAAGAUGGAGAAUUUUUUUGAGACUGGCAGCUUCUCAGUAACAAGCACGUGCUUGUUAGUGUGCUGCUUUUCUCUGCUGCCAGCAGAUGGAUUCCAUCUACGGUUUCAUGCUCAGAUUGCAGAUCAAAGUAUUUUGCAUCACUUUUGCUAGGUUAUUUUAGUAAAUUGUGGUAAUUUCCUAGAUCCACACGUAUGUAGAUAUAUUUUAUAUAUACAUAUAAAGUAAUAUUUUGGGCUUCAAUAGAAGUCAAAAAUUGAACCGGCACUUUAAGGUUGUUGUAGCAUGAAGUGGUGUAUACAAUUCUCCAGAUAUUGAAAUGACUGUACAAAUAUGCUGAAAGUAGAAUAUGUGUAUGGAAAAUAAACUACAGUGUUUAUAAAGCUUUGUUUUAGUGUAAGUAGACAUGCAUGCCAUUUCUGAGAGCUUUUCCAACGGGAUUGUCAGCGUGCCUGGAUCUGGAUGGUGGUGGGAAAAAGGAAACUUCUGCUUCUAAGCUGUUCAUGCAGUUAUAUCUGAAUUAGUUUAUCUAUCUUUGUUGAUUGGAUCAAAGCGUGGGUCCGGCAUCUGUUAAGGGACUGGCUGCUUUAUGCAUCCUUCCACUAGGCAGGUAGGGAAUAGCAGUAAGCAAAGUUUUGUCCUGUUGCAAGCUGGAGAGCUGUUAAUUCCAUGGCCUGAAGCAUGAAGGGUUUGGGUUUAAAAGAGCUAAAGCAAUUGGCAGGUGGGGAAAUGUUUGUGGGUUUAACUUAUUUCUGAUGUCAAAGGAAGAGCGGCUACCACAGCAGCUUCUUUCUUGGCAGAAGCCGGUUUCUGUGCCCUUUCAGGUGGGCUGUGCAGGCAGAGUGAUUGCGUUGCCCUAGUUCUAUCAGUGUCAUAUGAAUAAUCACAUCUGAGCAAAAUUAGUUCCUAAAUUUCCUCUGGUUCAGGUUUUUAACAGUUCUUAAUAAAUAGCUUUUGCCUGAUAGUUGUCUGUGAUGCUGAGUGGAUAGUGGGUCUUGUACUGGGCUUCUGAACUCUUUGGCCACAGAAAGUUUAUCAAGUGCUAA